GUCCAACCGGAUGCGUGGCAUUGUUCUGGAAGGAACCCUCACGGACGUUGAAGAAAUGCAAGGCUCCUGGCGUAAACAUUGACUGUUUUCUUCUCAAAAGUCCGCUUCUUCUUCUUUUUUUUUUUGUUCGCACCAACGGCGCACAGAGCUACAGUAGAGCAACAUUGAAGGAACCACGCGGAAAGUAUCGCCAUGUCGUCGCCACUCGAGAUGACGGAAAUGUACGACAACGCGCUGCUCGGCAUUCUGCAGCACGUCGGAAACAUUCAGGACUUUCUUCACGUCUACUUUGGCUUUUUGUACCGCAAGACUGAUUUUUAUCGACUCCUCUCCGGUCCCAACGACAAGAUGGGCUUCCCGCCAGGUGUGGCCGAGAAGAUGGUCUUGAAGACGUUCAAGGUGUUUGAGAAGUUUUCCGAGGAGAUGCGGAAAACGCAAAAGCAGCACAGGGACGAAAUGGCAGCCGCUCCAGCGGCGAUCCAGGAGCUGGAGGUCACGUCUGAGGCGACGACGCAAGCAGCGACGACGACGCAAGCAGCGACGACGACGCAAGCGGCGAGCUCCUCGGCGUCAUCGGAUCCCGUUGCGGACUCUGAACCCUCAGCCAUACCUCAGGCUCAUGGCCCUGGCGGCGUGGCUCAAAUGGACGGGAAGGCUGCGGCGUCCCGCUCAGACAAGCCAAACAGGAUUGGGUCAGAGUUGGACUCGGACAGCUACAACGGUGCCGUGCGGGACAAGUACCAGUGGUCUCAGGACUACAACGACGUGGAGGUGCGCGUCUUUGUGCCCGAGGAGGUGCUCAAAGGCAAGCAGGUGAGCGUGAGCCUGCGCAACGACGGCAUGCGCGUUUGCGUGCGCGCGGGGCCCGAAGAGCAGACGCUGGUGGAGGGCAAAUUCUCGCACAAGAUCAACACGGAGAAUUCCCUGUGGAGCCUCGAACCGGGAAAAUGCGUCGUGCUGUCUCUGAACAAGUCGUCGGAGGUGUGGUGGAAGUGCGUCCUGGAGGGCGAGGAGGAGAUCGACGUGGACUCGCUGAACCGCGAGCGCUCCAUGGCCAGCGUGGACGAGGAGGAGCACGCCGUCCUCGACCGCCUCACCUUUGACUACCACCAGAAGCUGCAGGGCAAGCCGCAGAGCCACGAGAUGAAGGUGCACGAAAUGCUGAAGAAGGGUUGGGAGGCGCAGGGCUCGCCGUUCAAGGGCCAGCAGUUCGACCCGUCCAUGUUCGACAUCCCGCCCGGCGCCGUGCAGUUCUGAGCUUUCGGCGCCGGACGUCCCGCCGCUUGCGACAUCCUGUCGGUCGGCGACAUCGCCGAUCGCUCAGAGCGAAAGGAUGAAGGGGACAAAAUGGAGGAUCUCGUCCGUCCGUCUUCCUCGAGGACAAAAACGAGUCGUGUUCGAAAAAACGUCAGCGAGGCAAAAAAACGUCAGCGCCUGAUACCCAGACGGACAAAGCUAUUUCUAAAAUGAAAUAAAAAGACAAACGUCA